AUGCCUCGAGGAUCAUCACUAAGCGAUUAUGAAAAGGGUCAAAUUGAUUCAUUCAAGACCCAAGGAUUAUCUAUCCGUCAAAUUGCUGCUAAAAUAACUCGUUCACCGAGAGUGGUUUUCAAUUAUUUGAAUGCAGGUGAAAAUUAUAGUGCUUCCCCCCGCUCUGGACGACCUGCAAAAUUUGAUGAUCGUGAUAAACGAAGUGUUCUUAGACUGAUGGAUGAAGGUAACAAAUCUUGCAAACAAGUCUUGGAAGAAUCGAGUUUGCCUGUUUCUGUAAAAACAAUUAAUCGUGCAAUCGAGGAGUCAGGAUUCUACGAGUACGAUUCAAUGGAUGUUAAGCCGAGAUUAACUGAUGAACAUAAG